AUGGGAGAGCUAGAAGCGCUAGAAGCCUUCGCAUGCGAGAAUUGGUGGAUUGUGGAGCGGACCGAAGAGAAUGAUCGAUUCAUGAAUGACAUGCAGACGCGCUUCCACUACCUCAGGAAGAGAGUGGCCGAGGAGAAAGAGGUCCGACGGGAACGGGGCCACGAGAUGCGGCAACGGGCCGAAGAACGUUUCAGCGAGAACAAGUUUGAAGAGAUGUCCUCUGCGCUUUUUCAUCAGGAGCCUGAAGUCCACAAGAGCCUGGAAGAAGUAAGGGUCAGGUUAGCUGAAGAGUUGGAGAUGAGAUCUUCAAGCCAAGAGAGCAUUGUGCAAGAGAUGAUGCGCAUCAUGCGACACUUCGAGACCAGCAUCUCCGAGUCGGGCAAGCGUCAGUUGAAGACUAAGGCUCAUCUUCAAGCCAUGAAGAGAAAACUCAGAGAGGAGGAGUAG